AUGGAAGACAAUGCACGUGCAAGGGCGAAGGAACAUAUCCAGUCUAUACAAAAACUGCGAAAUAUUUCCGAAAACCUUUGCCCUGAUCUUGAGAACAACUGGAACCUCCGCGAUCUCGCGAAGUCACUGAGCCUCUUUUCAGACCAGCUAUAUAGUGAUGGAACCCACUUCAUCUGGGAACUAUUGCAGAACGCUGACGACAACAACUACGCAAUCGGCGUAGUACCCGAAGUCCGUCUCGUACUAACUGAUCGAUGUAUUCAUUUCUGGUCAAACGAAGUUGGAUUCUCAAAAGAGAAUGUAGAUUCUCUGGUAUCUAUUGCUGAUAGUUCCAAGGGUGAGGAUGUCAACACAAUAGGAGAGAAAGGAAUUGGGUUCAAGUCACUGUUCAAGGUAGCAGAUGCCGUCACGGUCCGCUCGGAGCCCUACUGUUUCAAGCUCGACACAGCCUCUCCGUUAGGAAGUCUUGGGAUGAUCGUACCUGUAUGGGUUGAUCCUAAUGACCGACGUGAGUGCUGCAAUGCUGACUUCCCAGCCCACGGAACGUUAUUCACUCUACAACCGAAGCCGGGCUUCUACAAGGAGAAGCUUUAUUUUGACGUCCUGACCUUCGACUUUUCUUUCCUUCUAUUCACUAGAAAAAUCAAGAGCAUGCAGCUAGUGGACGGUCGUCGGAACUCUUGGGGGGAGGUAACGAGGGAAGGCUCCAUACAAGUUGAGUCUGGAACAGGAGUCAUCAGGACGAGUUUGAAUGGCAGCCCCGAGUCACUCAAACAGUAUGCUAUUUUCCAGCACACCGUCCACGAUAUGCCGCCAGAAGCAAAUCGGCAGGGCCAGGCUGAAAGCAUUGUCACGCUGGCCUUCCCGCAGGAAAAUCAAAAACCGAGCCUGGAAGACCAACAGACGUACGCGUUCUUGCCCAUUGACCACUUCGGCUUUCAGACCGAACAGACUAGUAGUUCAUCCUCCACGGGAAAUCGAUUGGACGUGCCUCAAAACUUGCUCAUCGUAGGACCCGACUUCCGCAAUGCUGAGGGCGGCCUCCUCUUAAAUGACAUUCCGCUGUUGGAGAGAGUAGUGGCCAAUUCUUAUUCUUUCAAAUCCAUGGCAGUUUUGCGCAAAUUAGGCGCUAGAGACUUCACAUUUCCGGACUUUGUGGAAUAUCUGACGCGCUUUGUUAGGGGAAACCCCGAAGACUUUCAGAAGAAGCCCUCUGAAUGGCAUUCCUCAAUUGCCGCUGUUUUGCUAACCCACUUGCGGAGUAAUGCCUGGGGGAUUUAUUCUGAGGAACUCUCAAGCUGCAAAGAACUCCCCAUGGUUCCCUUACGUGAUGGGAAGUGGUGUUCGGCGGCUUCAGAUGAUGUCUUACUGGCGGGCGCCUUCGAUCAAGAAAUACCAGGAGGUUUAACCGUACGCUUUAUAUCUAACGACGCGGCAGCAGACAAUUCAAGGCACGACCUGUUCAGGCUGCUAGGAAUCAGAUCAUGCGAUGAAUUCAAUAUUUGCAAAUUGAUACUAGACAAGCAAUCGUCAGUUCAAUACAUGACACAUCUGAUUGCCCAGACUGUGUUUCUCUUCCGAGCCGGGUACAGCCCCGAAACUGGAGUCAGGCUUCGGUUUGCUAAUUCAGCCAAACGCACAGUGUACGGACGAAGGGUGCAUGUGCCUUUCAGGCAUCCAGGUAGCGACAUUCGACUUCUUUUUGAACCCGACUACCAGGGGACUGACUGGCUACAUUCAUUCUACGAAACUGCUGUCGAAGGGAAGCAUAAACGGCAGUGGCUUGAAUGGCUCCUCAACUGGCCUGAUGUCCACAUUUGGCCCCCAGUCGUUGCAGACGACCAUCUUUCACCCCACAUGCGACACAUUCUAGAGAUAAAAGGUUCCAGAAUGCUCCUUAGCCAUCUUAAAGGACAAGUUGAGAUGGACCCUCACUUUGGUGUCAACCCUUGGGAUCUCGCUCUGGUAACCGAGAACAUCAAAACGCUCUCUGUUUCGACCAAUGUUGGUCUCCGUCAGCUCUCCGAGGCUGUUCUACCCGGGCUCGGCGCAGCAAGCCUGGUCGCUCUUCCUAUACUGGAAUUUGACGAGCCAGAGAACGAAGCAUGGGGAUUUCUGCAGAAAUACGGCGUCUUAACAGUGCCCUGUCUCGAUUUCUACCUGCGACAACUCAAGGCAAUGAAAGCUCAGGACGACCUCGAGCUGUUGGACGCAAAUUUGUCGGAGAUAUAUCAAAUUCUUGAAAACUAUAGCGACCAGAAACAGCAAAUCUUGGAGACUUUUGAAGCAUCUGAACUAAUCCAUGUUGGAUCUGGCAGGUGGAAGUCUGCAAAGCAAUGUGUCUGGAAGGCAAGCUUUCCAUGCAGCACAACUCCCGUGCUGUCAGAGCUCUAUGGCGGUUGUAGAGAGUUAUUUCGAACCUUCUUGGACAUAAAACAUGCUGGAAUGGGGGUGUUGAUCCGGGAGCUUGAACAUGUCGAGUCAUGCCACGGGGAUGAACAGGCUGAUGCUUUUCGAAGGCUUUUGCCUGCUCUUGAUCGACUCUCAAGUAAAUCAGCUGUCUCAUACACUCGGAGAGUGAGACUAGAAACAAUAAAAAUGUUCCCUGUCUCGGUGUAUGAGGAAAAUGAUGAGACGAUUGCGGCUCAUCUGGCUGCAGCCCACGAAAGAUUCUGGAUUGCUGACAUUCCUUCGUUGAAAAGCAAGUUCCAAGGUCUGGUGCCGCUCUUGGAAACCUCGGGUAUAGGAACUCCUAAAGCCUUCGUAAAUGUCUUUCGUAUUCUUGACAUGGACGACAAGAAGUUAUCGGUUGUUGUCGUCAGAAAGGAGGAAUUAUAUGAAGGUGUUGAGCCAACUCUCGCCAAAGAGUUGACUUCUCGAUUGCAAAAACAAGUCCCGUAUAUCCUCGGGCUUAAUGGCAGAGGCGAUGAGGGAGCUGUCGUUUUCCGAGAGGGUCAAAUUCCUGACAAUGGUCUUCAGAUAUGCAUAAAACGUGGCCUUGGCUUGCCGGAUUUUCUUGCGCCUUUGACUGAUCAGUUUGUCGAGUUCUUCGGCUUGAAACAAGAAAGCCAUAUGCUUCUUUCAAGAGUUCUUCCCACUGAGAAGGCUGAACAAUUUCUUGAAUUUCUGGAAAGGGCCGGCGUUCGCGGCAUCUUUGGCGAUCAAGACUCGGAAACAGAGUCAUCCUCGGAGAGCAGUUGUGGGUAUGUCUCCGCCGUGGAAGAGGCUACCGAUCAGAAUAUUGAAUGCAUGCUUGGACGACUUCAUAUCCACGAAACGCAGGCAUUGACUCAUCAGCAAAGCCCCGUAGGGCAGACAUAUUCUCGGGUGCAUCUGAACUCCAAUCCAUCAGCCGAAGGGAUGCAAAGGGAAGCUCAAGCAAGUGAUGACCCGCUAGCUUCCUGGAAAGAUACCUCUCUGGUUCCCUCUGCGCUUGAUCCCAGCAUCGCACUCGAAAUCAGUUCAUCGAAUACCUCAUUACCUGACCCCACAGAAGUUAGGCGCCUGGCUGAGCGCCUGGCUGAGCGCCUGGCUGAGCGCCUGGCUGAACGCCUGAGCAAUAUAUCAAUCGUCGAAAUUACGUCCCAAAAUGUGGGAAGAAACGCCACAAUUGACAGUGGGAUAGCAUUUAAUACGACAGGCAGCACUUCAUCUGCAGUCUUGGGUUCGGGAACAUCUUCGGCUACCGGUGUCCCGCCUAUGUCCUCAGGAGCCCAGCACAGCUCAGGAGACUAUGGCAUGUCUGCAUACUCCGAACCUGCGAUAUCGUCGUCUCAUAGUAAUUGGCCUUCGUCCGAAGCCCGCCGCUCAAGCUACAGGGGCUUUGUAGACGUUACUAUGCCUGAGGAAGCUGGUCUUUCCCAGGAGAUCGGGUUUCAAGGGGAGUAUCUGCUCUAUAAGAUCCUUGAACAAGAACUCCGCCCACACUUCACCUCCGACCACUGGACCAGUAACAACCGCGAUAGGGUCUUCGACAAUCCCUUUGGGAAUGGACAAAUGGGGAAAUAUUAUGCAGACUUCACAUACCGAGACGACGACGGCAAGCUUGGAACAUACAUUGCCCCGCGUAACGGCGAGACUAGUGUUAAUCCAACCAAUCACGUUAUCACAUAUCACCUAGAGGUCAAAACCACUCUCGACGGCUUGCGCACCCCUGUCCGUCUAAGCAACAACCAGAUCCAGAUGGCAAAAAGGCAUUCUUUGCGCUUGGUGCCGAGCUCUCUUACGCAAACAGACAUAUAUGUACUAGUCAGAAUCUACGACCUGGGAGGCGAAGGGGUCCCAAAACCCUGUUAG